AUGGCUUCGGCCACGAAGGUCCAACAUUCGAAGUUCGACGCGCAAUCGUUCAACCCCGGACUGAACGUCCUCUAUCCCAGCGAUGAGCAGGCAACAUCAAAGGUCUCGACCAAACUCGAGAUCAUUGCUAUUCCGGGACUAGGAGCAGAUCCAGAAUAUACAUGGAAGAAGAAUAAAGUGCAUUGGUUACGUGAUGCGAACAUGCUGCCCAAGAAGAUACCGCAUGCCAAGAUCAGCGUGUUCCAAUAUCAGUCGCAGUGGUUCGGAAAGGGAUCUGUUGACGAGCGCAUCGACAAUGUUGCAACGAAACUACUACAUGGACUUGACCGAUCUAGAGAAGACGCUAAGACGCCAAUCAUCUUUGUCUCGCACUGUCUGGGCGGCAUCAUCCUUGAAAAGGCCUUACUCAUGUCAAGAUCACGCCAGAAAGACUUCCCCAACGUAUAUCCCUGGAUUGCAGGAUGUUUCUUCCUCGGUACUCCUUUUCAUGGCACAUCCAGCCAGUCCAAGGCAAUGGUUCUAGCAUCCAUGGCUGAGGUCGCCGGCUGGGGCACGCCAUCAAGCCUACUCAAGGUGCUCGAGAAGGAUUCCGAAAUCUUGCGCAGUCUCCUCACGGAAUUCUCUUAUAUGGCAAGAGAAGCCCAGUUUCGGCUAUUCUGCUUCUGGGAGGAGAAUGAUAGCGACCUGGUCAACUACCUUGUGAAGGGAAUCUCAUGGCUGAAGAGCAAGGAGCGUAUCGUUGACCAGUCUUCCGCAACAAUCGAGUCGUUCGAUCACAUGUCUCUUAUGUCGGAUCAUUUCCAACUCAAUAAAUUCCCCGGGCCAAAGGAUGGGAAUUUCACUGCCGUUUCUGAUGAGCUCCGUGAAACAGCCAACAAGGCAGACAGCAUCAUUAAAACCCGUCAAAACAUGCUUCGACAGGCUCAGGUCGAUGAUCGCACAUACCAUAGCAUGAUGGAUGUUCUAAGCAAAGGCUUUGCCGACGUAGACGCAGCUGUAAAGGGUACUUACAGAGGGGCGAAGGGCACGAAACCGUCUUCCGUGCUCGAGAUCGACAGCUUUCAGACCUGGAAGACCUCGUCUGCACAUCCUAUCCUGUGGAUUCACGGAAAAGCUGGUACCGGUCAAGGCGCGAUUGCCACUUCUGCCCUUGAAAACCUCGGACAAUCGCCCGGUAAGAAGGUCAUGAUCAUAUCCUUCUUUUGCGACCAAGGCGAUACGAUGAGAAGAUCACUGAAAAGCUUGCUUCAGAUGGUUGUUCGCCAGAUGAUCGAUCUGGACCAGGAUCUUGCACGGCAUCUACUCUCAGAUUCUCGCAGCAGCAAAGACGCUGGGAAGCAAAGCUUCGAUGCCGAGGAGAUACUCAAGGUGCCGGCAUUAUGGGUGGCAUUGCACAAAAUGGCCAAGGAUCUAUCUCGCACCAAUGUUUUUAUCACAGUCUAUGGAGUGGAACAGCUUGCAGAAGAAUCUUUGGUGCAGUUCCUGCAGUACAUGACGGAGACCUUGGACACCGAGGCUGCUACAAAGGAUGCGGAAGAAACCCAAACCAUCAAAUGGCUGCUGCUGAAUCGUAGCGGCCGACGAAACAUCGAAAAUUGCUUGAGACCGAGAUCGCUAGAGAUCAACUUGAGCAGUGCGGAGAACUCUGCACAUAUCAGCGACGAUCUUAAAGCAAACAUAUCUGUCAGUGUCGAUGAACUUGAGCUCCCGUCGUCUCUGGCAUACUUUGUGAAGCGCCAUAUCUACUCGCGCGCGGAAGACAAUUGGAUCUAUGUCAGCCUGGUUAUACAGGAAGUCAAGAAUGCUUGGAGUUCUGGGCGUACUCAACACGCAGAAAUUCGCAAACUGUUGGAGUCUUUUCCAUAUGGUUUGACGGAUAUGUUCGAGCACGUGCGAAAGCGCGUUCUGGACCCGCAAGCUGAGGGUUACGAAUACACAAAAGAGAUCUUGCGUUGCAGGGUUUUGGCGUACGUGGCACCGACGAUGCGUGAGCUGGCUAUCAUGGCUGGCCUGCCUUCGGAAGAUCGGGAUGAUCUGGAAGAACUCAAAGCUUACAUAAGACGCUGUGGUGCUUUCUUCACGUUGAGAGGCAACGACUGGGAUCUAGACAACAGCACAGUAGAGUGGAUCGACAUCUCUGCACAAGAGCAUCUCCGAAAGUAUGCAAAGAAUGACCUGUCUCUGGACCUCGACGAUGUGCAACACGGUAUCAUCGCUUUACGAUCAUUGGAGUAUAUUCAUCAAGCCAUCGAAAACCAAGACACCUCAGAGAAUGAUGAAGAGCAAGAGGAGUCAGUAGAACAGGUCGAUGUAGAAGAGGAAAAAGUGCCAGAUCCAGCCAAUGCUGACAGCAGAUCAGUACAGGACGACGCAAGCGAACAAAGUGAAGAAGAAGAGACCACCGAAGACAAUGAUGCAUCUUCUGAUGUAGAAGAGGAUGAAGACGAAGGUAUGCUAGAUGUGGAUCUACGAUAUCCUGUUCGGUAUUGGGUGGAGCAUGCGAAGAGAGCCCCACCGGACGUCCUCGAGGAGAUCGACUUUGACCAUUCAUUCUGGCGGCAAGGCUCAGAUGCUCGCCAAAGAUGGUGGAAGACCAUAGAGGAUGUUCAUGACAUGACAGAUCAGAAAGACGUGUCACCACUCCACGUCGCUGUGAUCCUCGAAUUUCCUGCCCUGGUCGACCACAUUUUAGAUCAUCAGGGGACUUCCGACGUUCAUGCACAGGACUCGUUAGGAUUCCAGCCCCUGUACUACGCAUGCGAGAGUGGCUGCGACGAGAUCGUUAAUGCGUUACUUGGAGCAGGCGCCGAAGUUGACUUCUCGAGCAACAGUGCUAACCCGACUGCGCUCCACGCUGCAUCGUCCAAUGGCCACUACGAUAUCGUCAGCACAUUACUCGACCGCGAUGCUGACAUCAAUGCAACAACUCCCGAUCAAGGAACAGCGCUCUAUGCGGCAGCUGGCAAUCUUGAAAACCGCAUCGUGAAGCUUUUGCUGGACCGUAACGCAGACGUCAACGUCAUUGGUGGACCUGGUCGACGAGCGCUAAACAUUGCCGCAUUUUCAGGCAAUACCGAAGCCGUUCGUCUCCUCAUCGAAAAGGGUGCCGAUAUAGAUCCUAGUGAGGAUUAUCUCUAUGGAUCUGCACUUGGUGCAGCCGCUCGUCGUGGGCAUACAGAUGUAGUCCGGCACUUGUUGUCGCAUUCGUGGAGCCCUAACCGCCCAAUGAAGACAUAUGGAAGCUUUUUGAGUGCUGCUGCUACAUACAAUCAUUUGGAAGUUUUCCAGGUGCUGCUUGAGAAAGAAGAACGAAUUCUUGUGCUUGAGCAGGCACUGCAAGCCGCUGCGCAACGAGGCUACGCCCCUAUUGUCAAGGCCAUUCUGGACAAGGAAUCCCAACUGUCAACAUGUACCAUUCGGUACCAGAGAGCUUUCUCUUUGGCAGCGUUCUAUGGUCGGACGGAAGUACUCAAGCUACUUUAUCCAAAGGGUAUUGAUCAAGCGCAACUGGAUGAAGCGCUAUACCAGGCCACCGAUAACGAGCAUGUCGAUACUGUGGAACUGCUUUUAGACUUCGGCGCCGACCCGGACACGGAAGGACCAACCUACGGGUUUGCAUUGGCCGCUAGUGCAUACGACGGUACAACCGACAUCAUGAAAGCCCUCCUCGCCAAGGGCGCAAACGUGAACAAACGCGGAGGAGACUAUGGUACAUGCCUUCAGGCCGCUGCAUGGUACGGCGAUGCCGAUAACGUUCAGCUUCUACUUGAUAACGGGGCUCAGCUAAAUACUGAGCCCAUCGGCUACUACGGCAACGAAUUGCAAGCCGCCGUUCACACUGGCAAUGAAGAGACGAUUCGUCUUCUGAUCAAAGAAGGAGCCGACGUAAAUGGUUUUGGCGGACACUUCUCGUAUGCCAUCAUUGCCGCUGUCGAGCAAGGCGAUAGCAAUGCGACUAGAAUUUUGCUCGAACAUGGCGCUCACGUCAACGUACGAGGAGGAGAAGAUAACUGGCCAGUAAUCUCACUGGCGGCGUCUACUCUGCUUACUGAAGAUUUGGAGCUGGUCUUGAAGAACGUUGCAGAUAUCAACGCAGCCUGCGCCAGAGGCACGACAGCCUUGAUUAAUUGCGCAGAUUCUUGUGAUGCGGAUGGUUUGAGAUUUCUUAUCGACCACGAGGCCGACGUACACAUUUCGAGUGAGAAGUACGGCACGGCCCUUCAUGCUGCAGCUGCUGAAGGUGAUGAGGACUGUUGUGAGGUUCUACUCGAUGCUGGGGCGAACGUCAAUGCUGUUGGAGGUCCAUAUGGAACACCACUACAAGCCGCUGCAUGGGCGGAGGAUAUGGAAAGCGUCCGCGUUUUGUUAAAGGCCGGUGCCGAUAUCACCAUUACCGAGCCCAUAUCUGGCGAGUAUGGUACAGCACUACAGGCUGCCUGUGCUGCUGGAUCUUUCGAAAUUGUCAAAGAGCUGUUGCAGCAUGGUGCAGCUGUCAAUAUCCGGCCAGCCAAUGGAAAGUUCGGCAAUGCAUUAUCUGCUGCCGCUGCUGGUGGAUUUGAGAAAAUCGUCAAGCUGCUCAUCAAGCACCAUGCUGAUGUGAACGCCAGCGGUGGUCUACAUGGAUUCCCUAUCCUAGCCGCUGCUCAGUCUGGCGAUAUAACAGUCGUUCAGCGCUUACUCGACAAUGGUGCUAAUGCGUCAGCGCUAGGAGGCCUGCUUGGGUCAACUGUAGCUGCUGCGGUUCGUGGGGAUGACUUGGAUGUCGUGCUGUUACUCAUAGAACAUGGAGCCGAUGUGCACGCUAAAGGAGGCAAGUAUGGAGAUGCUCUCCAAACAGCAGUAAUGAAGGCCGAUAUGGCCAUCAUCGACGAAUUGAUUGAUCGGGCUCCCGAGCUGGUCAACCACCACGAGGGCAAAUACCAUACUGCUCUCAUAGCUGCCUCCUACUUCAACCGCAUGGAUGUGGUUGUCAAGCUUCUAGAUGCUGGGGCAGACUUUCGGGUCCAAGGGGGGAUGUAUCGGAGUGCCAUCGCCGCGGCUUCCAUCAGAGGGAACAAAGCCAUUCUCGAGAAAUUCCUUGCGAUGAAGCCUCCAGACCACUUGCUGGACGAAGCUCUCGUCGAAGCCUGUGCCUAUCGUCAAUCGGCUUGCGUUGACGCUCUGUUGAAGGCAGGUGCUAACGUGUACACCCGGCAUCCGGCUAGAGGGUUGGCGACUGAAGCACUUGAUGCCCCAGAAGAGGAAGGACUUAACUCAGAUUUGGAGGAUGAUGAUGGAGAGGAUGAUGAAGACUCCGACGAGGAGGAUGAAGAAGAUGACGAGGAUGACGAAUGGGAGGCCGAUGGUGUCUCUGUGUCGGGAAAGACUGACGAAGGCAGCGUCACCGACCUGGAACUGGAAGAAGAGUUGUCUGAAGAGGCGAAGAUACGAAAGUUGUUGAAAGAGGCACAGGACCGCUGCAAACGUAAUCCAACGGUGAAGCGCUUCAGAACCGUGAAGCGCCGAGAGGUUCCAGCGAGUCUCAGCGUUGGGAUUAACCGCCGUCCUCCUGUACCACCAUUGCCCUCGAUGGCGGAUCAACGUUCUUCUAGCGUGCACGACCAUGCGAUGAAGACCGAGUCUGGCUACGGUCAGUACCCUCAAGAGCCUUGGAGUCUGCCUUUCCACCUCAGGCCAGGUAAUGUAGAGGCUCCAACUCAUACUGCCAACGCAAGCUCUUCACCUCCAGUUCCAUCUUAUGCUGGCUAUCCUGCCCCGUUGUUUGCUCAAGGCAAAACGCAGUCGCCAUCAUCAACGCCUGAGCGGAUGCGAUCACCCAUGGAGCACCGACAACGACAAUACUCGGCCUCGUCUCUAGCAUCAGAAAGACACGACUCAGCCGGAUCGAUACCUAGCAUGCCUCAACCUAAUAGGACGGCAAGCGCGGAUCACGGACUCAAAAGACAAAGUAAAGCUGUCAACCGCAAGUCAGUCGCUAACAUGGAAGCGCUCAGCCGCUACCAUCAACAGCGGCAAUCAACCUACAUGCCACCCCUAGAUCAAUCAAUCUCACAGCACGACUAUGCUACGCCUAGCCAACAGGUUUCGUCCCCACCACCUCAAUACGGAACCCCUCCAGUGGCUCCGCAAGACAGCUAUACCGGAGCUCCGAACCAAUCCUACCCACCGCCGAUGCCACAGCGACAAUCGCAGCAGUUCGUUCAACCACAGCAAUGGAUGUAUCAAGGGCCACCGCAGCCACCGCAACAGCAUUAUUCACCCCACACCUCGCCCCCACCACCUCCACAUCCGGUGCAGCACUCUUAUGUACCCUAUCCUCAUCAAAGUGCAGCGUCAUCCACAACCUCGUUCCAGAGCAGCCAGUACACGAACACUGGUAGCCAGCCGGCACCCUGGGAUACGCCCAACUCGAGUACUAGCACAUUUGGCAAUGCACACAGUCAGGGUGAGGCGCAAGGGAGGAGGUGGGCCAGUGGCGGGUACGAUGGGUCGGGAUAUGGAUGA